AACCAGUUUCAGUUUGCCGGUCGUGGCGUUCGGUCGUGUCUCUGGAGACUCUCGCGCGAAGUCGUGGUGUUGACUGCUGUUGGCGAUAAGCGUUUUGAGGGAAAUUCACUCUAGGUGAACCACUUCCCCUGGCCUAUGCUCUUGGAAGCCUAAAAGAGGGCGAAGAGAAACAGCGGAGAAGACGGUGCAGAAGAAAACAGCACAAGUAAAGUGGGAGAUAAAAUCGAAAUCGAAAAAGAGUGUUCUCGCUGACCGCUGACUGUUUCGCGGGGCGGUCUUUCAAGAAAAAAAGGGUAAAUCAGCAAUAACAACAACAACAGCGGCAGCAGCGAAAUCGAAACAACCGGCGAAGAAGAAAAAGCAUCAAAAUAACAAAACCGAGUGAGAAGCCGCGUGAAUAUAAGAAAAAAUUGGGUGAUAAAAGGUGAAGUGCGAGCGGAAGAUAAAGAAAGCGCUUGAGGCAGAGUCGGCAUUGGCGGUGGUGGAAAGCGCGAUUGCAAGAUAUUAUUUAAGCGUUGAAGAAGUCUGUGCAGUCUUGAAGACCGGGUGUGCGUGCGUGUGUGUUGAAAAUGUGUAAUAAAAGUUCACUUAGGAUCGUGGUCGUUGCACUGUCGGCAUUCUUUGCAGUGUCGUUCGUCCAGGGCGAGUUCCAAUUUACGGUUCUGCCAAAGCACACCCAGGUGUACGAGGGCGAAUCGGUUGUGUUCCAGUGCCGGGCUUUCUUCGACGAUGAGAUCGACUUUUCCUGGACGUUGAACGGCAAUCCCAUCCGACUGGACCGGCGUGUGUAUUUGAAUGGAUCCAAUCUGCAUAUAAACGGCGUCUCGCAGCGGUCGGACGGCGGAGAUUACGUGUGCCUAGCGACGGCUCGUUCCUCCGGGGCCCGGGUGGCCACCCCGCCGGCCAAGCUGGACAUCAUCCGCACUUCCGCUCCGGUGGUGCAACUGGUGAAGCACGAAUCGGAAAAGGGCAACGGUGCAAUUGUGCUGAAGUGUCACACGGGAAGCUCGUCCAAUCAUGGCAACGGAAACGGCACCAGCAAUGGCGGCGGCGGCAUCAUCAACUCCGGAAGAGACGACGAUGGAAUUCAUAUCGAGUGGUUCAGAAACAACGAGCGACUCUCCAAAUCGGCGCAUAUCGAUUUUCAGCGUCGGAAGCUGCACAUAAAAAAUGCAUCAGCCAAGGAUAAUGGCGUCUACGGGUGUCUGGUGGUGCACCGGGGGAACAACGGAAGCGGACGGGCACUGCCGUCGAUCGCAAGCGUCAAAAACUACCGGCUCAAGUUGAAGGGCACGACCGGUUCCGGUAACGGUAACGGAGUUCCUGGAGUGGCUGUUAAUGGUAUGGACAACAGCGCCAAAAUCGACUGCACCAAAAGCCGAAAUUCGCUGCUCUGCCGUGGAAAGCGUGGCGAUAAGCUUGUGGCAUCCGCCCUGACCGCCGCUUCCCCCCAAUCGGCAAUGCUGCCCACUGGUGGGCCGUCCCUGUCCUCGGAUGUCGUCCCGGUACAAAUCGUUGACCAUCCCGUCAACGUGGUCGUUAAUGAAAGUGCCCCGGCUAUUUUUAAUUGUGGCUUCCAGUCGCUCGUUGGCAACGAUUCCGGUCCGUUGGUGCUGAAGUGGCGCAAGGAUGGCAAGGUGAUCCGGAAGUGGGACAACGUGGCAGCGGAUUUGGAUGGGGAGAGUGGACCUACCGAGAGCUCCGUGUAUCGUGAUGAUGGUCGAAUCCACGUGGACAGGAACAACGGAUCGUUGAUAUUCAAUUCGGUCAUUGCCAGCGAUGAAGGCAGCUAUGAUUGUCAGGUGACUAACAAUGGAAGCGAAUUCUUGGUUACGUCCAAUGCGGCCGAACUUCAGAUCAUCUCAAAUCUUCGUUUCACUCCGAAACCGCCUUCCACCAAGAACCUAGAGCUGGGAUCCUUCGCCAAAAUUCAUUGCAAAGCACAAGGAACCCCUACCCCAUCAGUCCACUGGACGAUCGAAGGAACCAAAUCCGAGCUACCGGAUGCGGUUGAGGACGUGAACGGAACGCUCACGUUCCGCAGCGUAUCCACGGAGCAUCGAGGAAGUUACACGUGCGUGGCAUCCAACAGCCAAGGAGAGAUCAGUGCCUCUGUGCAAGUGCACGUGGUCGUCGCGCCAAAGUUCGAAAUCGCACCAGAGGGAUCGAUCCAAGUAGCCGAGAUGGGGACGGUGUUCAUCCACUGCGUUGCGACCGGUGAUCCAAAGCCUACUAUUCAAUGGGACAAGGAUCUGCAAUACCUGCACAGCUCCAACCAGACCGAAGAGGAGAGGUACAGGAUACUGGUCAACGGCACAUUGGUGCUGACCGAGGUACAUUUGGACGAUGAUGGGAACUAUGGCUGUACGAUUGGGAACAGUGCAGGGCUUAAGCGUGAGGAGGUUCAUCUAGUUGUAAAACCCGCCGACAGCAUGCCCCAACCGGAGGAAUCGUCCGAAGAUGGCUUCCUGAUCACGCGAGCCGUCCUAAUCACCAUGUCGGUUGCAUUCGCGUACAUCAUCCUGGUCGUCGGACUAAUGCUGUGGUGUCGUCAUCGAAGGGCAGCUCGUAAGGCACGCCUCAACAUGAGUUCCAAGGAGAAUGGCGAUGUGGAUCUGAAAAACUGCGAGAUCGAACCAUGCCUACCGGAAAAGUCCUCGCAGGAUGGAUCUAAGGCCAAGACCAAGUCCAAAUCCGGUCAUCAGAAGAAUGGUUCCACUGUUGAAGGACAGGAGAAGAGCGACGAUACGGUCAACUCGAAUAAGUCCAAGAAAUCCAGUAGCUCGACUUCGAUUCUGGAUCAAUUGGCCGUGCCUCGAUCAAGUGUGAUCGAAAUGCUGCAGAUUGGAAAGUGCGACUUUGGCGAUGUGUUCAUCGGUAAAAUCAAGGAGAACGAUUGCAAGACUGCGAAUGCGGAAACCGUGAAGGAACCUGUUACAGGAGAUGAAGUGACUCACGCUUCCAAUACUGAAGUAACAACUGAGGAUGAGAAAAUUACCAAGAAGCCGUCCAACGAGGAGCUGAAUGAGAUUAAACCGGAGAACGACUACAAACCGGUGAUGGUGAAGGCGUUGACCAAGGUGAAGGAUGAACAUUGCUGUUCGGAAUUCCGGCGACAACUGGACCUGUUCCGAACAGUUUCGCACAAAAACGUAGUGAAGUUGUUCGGGUUGUGCCGCGAUAAGGACCCGCACUACAUGCUUCUGGAGUACACCGAUUGGGGUGAUCUGAAGCAAUUCUUACUGGCGACAUCGCCAGCCAUCCCACCGAAUGGUAGUGUAGAAGCGAAGAACGGCAACAAGCCUCCACCGCUGAACGUGCCACAAAUACUUGCGCUAGCUCACCAGAUCGGUCGCGGAAUGGAUGCCAUCUACAAAGCCAGGAUUAUUCACAAGGACCUUGCCACGCGCAACUGUAUAAUCAGCAGUGACUUCUCGGCCAAGAUCUCCCUUCCGGGCCUGAGCCGAGACAAGUACAACAAAGAGUACUUCAAAUACAAGAACCAAUUGAUGCCAGUUCGAUGGAUGGCUCCCGAGUGCCUCCAGGACGACGAUUUCUCCAUCAAGAGUGACAUCUUUUCGUUCGCCGUUCUGUUGUGGGAACUGUUCACCACGGCUACGGAACUGCCCUUCAAAGAUCUCACCGACGAAGAGUACGUCACGCAAGCCCAAUCCGGCAAGUUGGAGUGGAAGCUGGCGGACAAGACGCCGGAAAAUCUGCACAAAAUACUGACUUCUUGUUGGUCGGUGAAUCCCAAAGAGCGACCGUCCUUCAGCCAGCUGGUGGUGGCGAUCGGGAAUUGUUUGCAAAGCGAAUAUCCAAAGGAACCGACUGAAGCGACGCCGGCAGCGCCCGUGACCCCCACCCCAACGACGGAAUAAAGCGCAGCACCGUUACGGUAUCCGUUUCAGUAAGCCAUCUUUUCCCAAUCGUGAUUAACUCAAACACAACGAAGUUAGUUUCGUCCCCGAAAUGUUUUUUCUUCGAAUAAUUCUGCUAUUAAGUGUAAGCUGUAAUAUAUUAGUAUUUAUUGUCAAACAAUUUAGUAGAUCUUAUACACUGAGGCAAGUUUACAUCGCGAAGUGAUGUGUGAAGCGGUUCGAUUUUAUCAGAGAGAAGUGGAGUUGAGUUGAAUGAAGACAAGUUUGUGUUUGGAAGGUGAGUUUAAAGAAGACUUAUAAGGAACCAUACUGCCGUAUGACACAACACACAGAAAUAUGACGGAUCAAUAAUGUGAUCUGACUGCAUUUAAAGAAAUCAAGACUUGAUAAUCUUAUUACCUUCUAGCUUUUAGGGUUAAAGCUGAUAAAGCUUACGCAAAUCGUACUGUAUUAUUAUAACCAGUUAGUAUUAUACAUUUGUAAUUAGUAUUGAUCCAGUCCGUAAUGCCGUACGAACGUUUAUACACAUCUUAUUAAACGGUAGGCCAGAUAGGUUAUACAACUAUAGGAAAGCAUGCAACCAAGGAUGACGGUAGCAGAGUAAACAUCGUGAUUGGACUUGCGCGUCUCCGUUUUCGGAAAGUUUAAACAGUUAAAUUAAGACUGGAAAUGUAGGAUAUUGGACAAAUAAGCAACUUCAACAGUUUAACCAAUGGUUCAGCUUCCAUUAUGAAGCAUCAGGAAAAUUAGAGGACUUUCUGACAAUUUGAAUGCUACAGUGUGUGGAAAUUAUACAGUCGAUUGCAGAAAUCGAUCCGAUAAAUGAAUAAUAUAGACGGGCCGUUUACCAUUUACAGUCUUUCUGAUAAAGGAACUAGUGGUCAGUCUGGUAAUUUGCGAAGCAUCACAUCUCUCAUUUAGCAGAUUUUUAAAUAGUCUCAAAUUGUACAAACACUUAGAACAAGAAAUACAAACUAAGUAUCUCAGCA